AUUUUAUUUUUAUUUUAUUUUGUCCCUUUUUGUUUUGUUACAUCUCUUUCCCUUGUACUUGUGAACUGGUACCUCAGUUCUGUAAAAAUGGUGUUUUGUAAAGGGUUCACGGUGUUUCAUUUUGAAGUUUGACCUGAAGCUGCUUAUGAAUGGUGGAUGGUAUCCGGCAAAGUAUGACUAGUUGAGUUUUAUGCUGCAAAUUUUGGAUAAAUUCCAUUUGGAGUACAUGUAAGCAUCUGAAUUCAGCAGAUGAGCACUCUGGGACAGAAGACUGGAAUAGUGAAAAAUAAGAGUUUUAAGAAGCAUUCUUUCAUAUGUUAUGCUUUAUGAUUUCCUCUUGGAACAGACAGUUAAAAAUCUUGCUUUCUGGAGACACUAACUUUACAGAAUACAGUGAUAAUCUUUCUCUGCUGUUUGUCCCUCUUCUUAGCAGAGUAGUUUUAUUUAGAUUGCAUGGUCUGUUUAAAAGAAGGCUUUCCAUUUAUGUCUAACAUAAAGACUUUAUAAUAAUUAUUUCUGAAAUUGAAAUUUCAUGGAUGUCGAAUGUCUUGAAAUACUUGCUUCUGAUGAAAUCUUGCUCCAGUGAAGUCAGUGGCAGUAAAAUGUCAUCCUCAGAAAAACUGUUUACCACUCAUAAGUACAAAAGCAGCCUGAGUUUUUGAUUAGAAUGUGUUAUGUGAGGCACAUUGUCUUUUAAAACUGUUGUUUGUGGGAGGACUGAAUCAGUUCUGUAUGCGUGUGUUUGUAUGUGUGUAUUGCACUUACAUAUGCUUCACUGGUUGUUAUCUGAAGAAGACAUUUUAUUUUUUUAAAAGUCUUCUCAGUCAUUGCACAAGUCCUGGCAGUUGGUGCUGGAGUGAUUGAGAAGGUUGUCAUCUCUAGGUGAUGUUCUUUCUUCUUCCAUUGAAAUGGAACCGCUGAAGCAGAAACGGUGGGCCAGGAGGUGUGUCUCAUCCUCAGGCAUUGCUCUUCUCAGCUAAGUGCGUUAAUACCAAUUGGUUUCACUUGGGUAAUGCACCAAGCUGUGAACUGGGAAGAGCUUUGCUUCAUGAUCUCUCUUGGAUUUAUUUGUGGCAGUUGAGGUAAUUGCCAGUAAUUUUAAUCUCUUUAAUUGCUGCUGCUAAAUCCAGUAAGAGUCAUGAACUGGAUCACACGGAAGUUACUUUGAAGUGCAUUGGCCACUGACUUAACAUGGUAGGAAAAUAACGACCUGUUUUAAAUUAUGUUUGAAGUAGAUGUGAGCAGAAGAUGUCUUUAAAACAAACCUACUGCUGAGGCUGUUCUACAGUGAGGAUUAAGCACAUAGUUUAAGUAUGGAGAACAGGAAAUUAUUUUCUGCUGCACACUUGGAAGGAAAAAAAAAAACAAGUUACAUUUGCUACCUCCUUAACACAAACAUUUCUCUGGAGCACUUAGCAAAAUGGUUGCUGGUAUGAACCAGGUUGGCUAAGUGAUACAAGAUAGUAACAAUUAUAACAUGUAUGUAGAACAAGACCGCUGUGCUAAAAGGAAGCCUGAGAUACCUGUGAGCAGCGUGGAGCCAAUCUACAUUUACUUCCAGAUCACAUUGCAGAGCAGAGAGGAAUGAAGUAAAUGAUCACAGAAUCUAUUAUUUACUGAACAGUCAAAAGCAUCCAAGAAAUAUUUCUGCAGAUAUGAUAUAUGUGUGACAUAUUUAUCUGUUUCCGUUAUUAGAAAGUGAAUAUUUUUAGCUCAUUUCCAUUUAGCUUGAGUUUCAAAGCAUGAGUUUUAAAACCAAAUCGGUUAUCUCAAACAGUUUUGGAAGUUUCCUAACUUGAUUUUUCACAAGCCACAUGUUGUGUAUCUUUGCAGGCUCGUGUUCUCUUACUAAUAAAUUUAUAGAGAUUAAGCUCCAAAACAUAAAGGCUGUUUUUAAGUUACAUAAGCCUCACAUAUUGAUUUGUUCAGGAAGGUAGAUGUGCCCCCAGUUUAUUUUCUAUGAAGUUGAUUUAAAGAUUGAGCUGCUCUUAAAAGCUGGUGGAAGAAUCUGUGAAAAGGCAGUAGUUCUGGGGGGAGAGAAAAAAAAAAAAAGGCAUGGAAGAUCUUUUUAUAGUGUGGAACUGACCAAAUGGAGUUCCUAUUAAAACAAAACACUACGUUGUUAGGCACCCUAGUUAUUCUGGAGAUAACGCUGCUAGUUUGUUAAUAUUUAGACAUGUGUGCUCUUCUUUCUUUGAACUUCUUUUAUAGGUGGCUUAACUGAAAGUGCUCACCUGAUUCUUUAAGCAGUGUUUGAGCAAAUGAGUAAUUCGUAUUAUUUCAGUAAGAUGGCCCGUGUGCUUAAAAUUUAGGCUCAUAUUUAAUUCUCUGAAUUUAACUCACUGUCUGUUAAUUAUGUGCCUAACUCCAUUCCUGUUUCAAAGGGCAAAAUGCCUUAAGCAUCUGAAAAAUCUAUCUGGUUAUCUGUGUAUUAUAUUGGCUGUAUGUAAGUGCAUACUUAAAUUAGGCAUAUGCUUAUGUACGUUGCUGGCCAAGGAUCAAAAGAGCGCAGACACCAUUAUAAAAGGCUUUUUUGUCACUGAAUUUACUUGAUCCACAUGUGUAGAUUCUGUGGAAACCUGCAUGAGGAUUAAUUGCAAGAAGCUGGCUAUUCAUGAAGACAUCUGGUAGUUAAUGGCCUAGUUCAUCAAUCAUCUGAAAGCACUUCAAUACUUUGAUUUUCAGAAGAACUGGUAUAUAACUGUAUGCCUAAUUUGCAUGCACAGUUAGUAGAACUGUAUAUUUGAAAGCCUGUUUAGUUAGCUAUGUAGUAGGCAGGAUAUGCAGUGAAGUACCCGAUUCUUGUGAGCAGCCAGGCAGAUCAGGUGCACCUCUCCUUGCAUGCCUGACUUCAUGAUGAGUUUGUGCUGAACAUUGUGAUGACUCAGAUUCAUGCAUGUUUUUUAAAAAGCCCUGGAAGACUUAUUGCACAGUUAAUUCUUGAGUGCUAAUUAUUUUCCUAUUUUUCUCCUUUAGAUAGAAAAAUCAAGUGGUUUGUUACAUGUUAAGGAGCAAGGUGCCUCAAAACUAAACAUAAAUAAAAUAAUGUAAAUAGGAGGCUUGAGAGAAAAAUGGGUACUGUUGUUUUAUCUUUUCUAUUCAUGUAUGCUACAUAUAAAUUAAUUUUCAUUCAGAUAUGUUUUGUUUUUUGGUCACAUCCAGUUGUAACCCAGUCCCUGCUGCAGAUCUGUAGUACUGGUUUGCAAUACUUUUUUUUUUGUCUUUUUUUUUUUUAGAAGUAGUAUAAUUCCUGUAGGUUUUAUUGAAACUCAUAAACAGUUAAAACUACAGUGUUUUGAAACUUACCUAUUAUUUUGUAUUUUUAUUGAAGUUAGAGGUAAACAGAUAAAACAUAGAUAGUUUUAUUCAAAGGAAAGUGCUGUGGAUACUUCGACUAUUAAAAAAAUGUUUAAAUAAAAACUUUAUUAAAAUGCCUGUGGUAAUAACAAAGGGCUCAGUAGUUAGCAUAUAGAGAAUUAUGCCAGGAGUUUUGGAAACAGGAUUGAUACCAGGUAUAAGUAGAAGUUGCUGCUGUAGGUUUUUUCUUUUGCGUGCUUAGUGUUUGUUCUAGUUUAGACCCCUUGGCAUUUCAAAUCUAAUAGACACAUUUAAUUGUCUUAUCUAUUACAUUACAAUUAAUCUAGCUAGCUAGCUAUAUAUACAAAUUCUAAUUUUUGAAGAUUUUAUGGAGUUAAUUUAGCAGUCUUACUGUAAGUAAAUUUGAACGAAACCUGAGUUUUAAGACAGAUUACUUACUAUUUAAACUGUUAGCAUAAUAGGGAGAAUGUAAUGUGGUUGAAAUGGUACAAAAUACAUAGUUUAGGAAAAUAUGGAUUGCUCAGUUGAUCAGUUAGGGUUUUCUUCAACGUCAUUAAACUUACAGCUAAUUCAUGAAAUUUUCAGAUAAACUGAGAUGACUUAGAAUGUAAGACAGUACAAAUCUAGAUUUUUCUUCCUUCCCAUACCCCCAAGUUCACUUGCAAUGUGUAUUGAAUCACAGGAGCUUUUAUUUAAUUUUUAUUUAUUUUUACAUCAAAAGUAGGUAGCAUCAAAGUAGAGAAAAAAGCACAAAUUUCAGUUAGCUCAUACAUGUUUUUUCUUUUUUUUUCUUUUACUGAUUUGGUUAUUUGCCAUUUCUGGGGAUUAAACUUUAAAAAAUGUUCUUCUUUUCUGUAUCUGAUGUUCUGUGUGCUAUUAGUGAUGCAGCCAACACGAACGGUUGUCAUGUGUAAAACAACUUUCGAUCACCGUGAAAGCACCGCCCUGGGAAAGCGUCCAUGCUUGAUAUCGUUUGGUUCAUGAACAUUAAGUUUCCAGUACAGGUAAAAUCCCAGAUGAAGCCAAAGCCCUUUCUCUAUUGGCGCCUGCUCCUACUAUGACAAGCCUGAUGCCUGGUGCAGGGUUGCUUCCAAUACCUACACCAACGCCUUUAACAACACUUGGUGUUUCACUUGGCACUUUGGGAGCAAUACCAGCAGCAGCAUUGGACCCUAACAUUACUGCACUGGGAGAAAUACCCCAGCCACCAAUAAUGGGGAAUGUGGACCCAUCCAAAAUUGAUGAAAUCAGGAGAACAGUAUAUGUUGGAAACUUGAAUUCACAGACCACAACAGCUGAUCAGCUGCUUGAAUUCUUUAAGCAAGUUGGAGAAGUCAAAUUUGUGCGAAUGGCAGGUGAUGAGACUCAACCAACACGAUUUGCUUUUGUGGAAUUUGCAGACCAAAAUUCUGUACCUCGAGCUCUUGCCUUUAAUGGAGUUAUGUUUGGAGACAGGCCACUAAAAAUAAAUCACUCCAAUAAUGCAAUAGUGAAGCCUCCUGAAAUGACACCGCAGGCUGCUGCCAAGGAACUGGAAGAAGUGAUGAAGAGAGUAAGGGAAGCUCAGUCUUUCAUAUCUGCUGCUAUUGAGCCAGAGUCUGGAAAGAGCAGUGAAAGAAAAGGCGGUCGAUCUCGUUCCCAUUCUCGUUCAGAAUCCAGGUCUAGCUCAAAAUCCCGAUCUAGAAGGAAAAGAUCACAUUCAAAACACAGAAGUCGGUCUGGCAACAGAUCGCUCUCAAGACACAAGGACAGGCGCAGAUCCCGAAGUCCCCUGAAAAAACGAUCUAGAUCUAAGGAAAGGCGGAAAUCAAGGAGUCGGUCACGCUCUCGGGACAAGAAAAGAGACAAGGAAAAGGUCAAGGAAAAAGAAAAGACCAAAGAAAAGGAGAGAGACCGAGACAAGGAGAAGGAAAGAGACCGGGAUAGAGACAAAGAAAGGGAAAGAGAGAGAGAUAAGGAGAGAAACAGGGACAAGGACAGGGAUAAAGACAAAGAUCGAAACAAAGAUCGGGAGAGAGUCAAAGAUAGGGAUAGAGACAGGGACAAGGAAAGGGAAAAGGAGAAAGAUGAAAAGGAAAAAGACAGGGAAGAUGUAGAUCAGAACAAAGAAAAAGAUGAUGACAAAGAUGGGGAGAAAGAUAGAGAGAAGAUGAAGGAUAGGGAGGGAGAUAAGGACAAGGGAGGGGACAAAGAGAAAGAAAGAGAAAAAGAAAAGGAAAGAGAUGGGGAUAAGGAGAGGGAGCGAGAAAAAGAGAGAGAUGAUAAAAAGAAGAAAGAUAAGAGAUCCAGAACUCCCCCAAGAAGCUAUAGCUCUUCAAGAAGAUCGCGUAGCUCCAGCAGAGAAAGGCGUAAGAGGAAGAGUAGAAGUCUUUCUAAGUCUCCUAAAACAUCCAAAGGAACAAAAAGAAAGUCUUCACGAACUCCUUCUCCAAGAAGAAACAAGAAAGAGAAAAAAAGAGAACGAGAUACAUAUAAUGAAGGAAGAGAAAGAGAACGCUCCAACUCCAAGAAAAAAAGUAGUAAAGAGAAAGAGGGAAGGGAGAAAUCUGACAAAAGCACCACUGCUUUGAAGGACAAAGAUCACGCUAAAGAGGAUCAGAAUUCAGAAACUGACAAAGAUGUUGACAACAGAGAUACACAAAGGACAGAUGAAGUCAAACUUCAGCAGAAUGGAAACUGUCAACCAAACGAAGAUAACCUCUCAAUUAAAAUGGAAGAGGUUUAAAGCAAGGAAUCAACCUCUGUCUCAACUUAGGAAUGAAAUCCAAAGCUUAUUCCCAGAAUGAGGAAGAAAACGUCAAAGCAAUCAACCUGACCAUGUUGAUAGCACUAACAGCUCUUUCAAUUCUUGUGAUAGCUUUGUUGUCUUCUUGUUGUAAAGCAGGAAAGCACAGACCAGUAGUUAUACCAUGCAAAAGCAUAUGUCAUCAGAGCUAUUCAUCUCUGAAACUCCAUGCAUUUCCAUGAUGGCUGUACUUAUAGGUAAAAUGAUUUAUGUUAAGUUUAGCCAUAGGCUGCUAAAUAGGAACUGAAAGAAGUAAACCUUUACUACCCCUAAAAAAAAAAAAAAAGAAAAAAAAAAAAAAAAAAGCUGAAGAUAAACAUUGAAAGUUGUUUUAAAAUGUUGCUUGUUGAUGAAUUUUGUGUUAUUUUACUUUGUGGGUUAAGAAGUCCACAGAAACUUCAGUGUGUACUUUUUUAUGUGCUUGGAAGUGGUGCAUAAAUGUACACACUUUCUUUUGGUGUAAAUGACAGCUGUUGGAAAAGUUUUUAUGGUUCUUAUGAUAUAUGCCCAAUGACUAGUAUGUUCUUCAUUUGCUCACUGCUUGAGGUUUGUGGGUUUUAUUAUCUAAAAUAAUUUCUUACCAAUAUCCCUGAACUCAGUAUUUGCUUAAAGUAUUUGAACAAUGCAUGCUACUUUUCUGUUCCUAAAAGGAACAUUGCCAUGUAUGAUGAUAACAGGUUAGCUUAUUGAGUUAUUUUCAGGUUGUUUUGUUUUGUUGUUCUCUUCUGUUCCACAACUGAGCACAUCUGUAUAUUAGGAGAACUUAACAGCUUUGUUUUUUUGACAUGUACUGCAGUAUGUCUGUUCAGCUGCAAAUGGUACAGGUGCCAUUAUGAAAUUAAAUUUUUUCUUGUUUAAAAAAUUCGAGAGCACAAGCAUAAGCUUUAGUGCCUUCUUAAAAUGUGGUAUUUUCAAGAAAUAUGUAUGUGCUAUAACAUUUUCAGCUAAAUCUUGCAUCAUCUCUAUUGCUGUUUUGCCACUACCAUACUACAGACAAGAGUGCAAGUAAUUUUUCAGAAUGGAUGUUUAGUUCACUUAUUUAAGUAGAACAGGUCCAUUUUUACAAUUAUUUUUUAUUUUCAGAAAAGAUAGAGUAAAUGUAAUGAUGCAUUUUGGGGACCAUCACUGUACAAAGAUAGUAGCUGAAUACAGCGUAUUUUCUGAACACCUGCAUCACAGGCAGCCCUUAAGAUACUAAUUACAUUUGGAUGGCCUUAACAGUUACCUCUCCAUCCUUUUCUCUGAUAUCCAUCAGGUGUUGUACAAUGAAUUUAAUGCAGAGCUGGGGGUGGAAAAUACUUGGGGAAGAAAUGUUCUAAUUUACAUAGGAGUUAUAUGUUAGAUAAUCUUUUUUCAUUCUUUGGUGAGAAAGCAUGUAAGAAGCAAAUGACAAAGCCGGUAUUUUUUUCAAGUAAAACCAUAAUUUGUGCUUUCUGAGCUAAUGUAACCAGUUUCAUUGUUGUGAGAUUUUUUAAGAGUCGUAUUUACAAACUUACUUAUACCUAAAAUCAGGUAGAUUAUACACCUUAUUACAAUCAAAUGAAUUAAUUGCCUUACCUCAUGGAAGGAGUUUCAUUCAGUUAGAAAUUAAAAAAGGCUUAAUAGGAUACUAGCAGUUUGCCUUCAAUUUCCUUUUCUUUUGCAUAGUUAAUUCUUAUGAAAAUAAUUUUUAAAAAGCAUAAUACAGGGAACGAAAAAUGUGUCCAAUUCCUAAGGUAAUGAAACCUAAUUUGAUUGUGAAGCUGCUUAAUCACUUGUCAUUUUUGAUAGGAUUUAGUGUUCUUCCCACUGUGUACAUUUAAGACUAUAGAAAAUGCUUUACCAUGUAAAGUAUAGACAGUCAUUUUUGUGAUGUUUAAGCCACGUGCUGAUGGUUGGUUAACAGCUUACUCUGAUAAAAGAAUGACAAAUCUGUACGCUUAAAGGAAGGUUGUGAAGGAUUGUGUCUUGCAGCAACAGCUGUCUUAUUUAUGAUGUGUAAGUAGAGUAGAGCAAAGAGGUUGUUUGUGUACUUGUUAUCUUUGUUACCAUUUCACUAAUAAAAUUAAGUAUUUUAGAGGGAAGUUUCUGCUGUUACAAACUUAUUAAAGAAACAUUUUGGUUGGUCAUCAGGUUUUAUUCAGGCAGCUUUUUUUUUAAUUUGAAAUGUGGAUGCAAGUUAAAAUACACCUGUAUUAUUUAUAAUAUCUUGGAAAAGAUAAUUUACUCCUUCUCUGGGAGAAAUUAAAGUGUACAUAGUACAUCAUAUUUCAGUUCAUCUUAGUUUGAUUUUCUUAGUUUUGUAAUCCUGAAUUCGCAUAGUUCAGAAUGUGUACAUGGUUGUGCACAAUUAGUGAAGAAAAAUGACGUGGAAAAUUCAUAGGUAACAAUGGCAGCAUUAAUAGCUAAUAUAUCAUAUAUAUGCAGCAUACUAAGAUAGAUUUUAUGUGAGUUAAUAUUCCCUUUUAAAAAAGCUUUGAGAAGGGAGGGGAAAAAAAAGAAUAUACACCAAAUACACACAUUUCCUCCUCCCAAACUGUGUUUUCUUACAAAUACUGUAUUUUCUGUUCUGCCUUGUAGUACUUUGUAGUUCUGUGAGGAUAGUUUUAUCUCUUUGUAUUAGGUGUUUAAUGGUUCUCUUCUUUGUUUAAAAAAAAGAAAAAAAAGAAAAAAAAAAAAGCCACCAUUGGAUGAUUAAUGUUUUGUAAAACACCCAUCACCACAGAGGGCAGAUCACUUUUAAACCAGUACUGGAACAGUACCUCCUUGCUCUGCCACGUUUGUGUGUUUGACCCAUUAAGUGUGUGUGUCUUCUAGUGGAAGUCCAUGCCUUGAUCGUAUUGGAUUUGCAUGCUGAGCUGCUGUGUCAGUAGUUUGCUUUUGCACUUCUAUGAGUUGAUAAAACUAAAUGAUGGUUUUGAGAACAGUGUAGUUUGUGGUAGCUGUAUUGUUUUAGGUGUAAUUUCAUUUAACUUGGCCUUUGGAUUCUGCCUACACAUUAGUUGCCUGGUUUUUUUUGUUGUUGUUGGUUUUUUUUUGUUGUUUUUUUUUUUUAAUGUCAAUUUCAGAUAGGUACAACCGAAUUAGCUUUAGUUAACCAGCUGGCUAACAGCAUCAACCUAGGCACAGCGUGGUUUAUGUGAUGAGUUGACCAUUUGAGUGGCUUACUGGUUUACUCCUCUGCUGAAGUAAAUUCUACAGUCUGUAUCAUGCUCUGUGUUGCUUGCAAUUUGUUUGCUGGUGUUUUCCAGCCUAGGUAUGUGUAAGGCAAUAAAUUUAAUUUUGAAUUCUGCUGAUCUGUUUGCUAAUGGUAGCUUCUCUGGUUUGCCUUCAGUUUGUAAUAAUUAUAUUUAGGAAUUUCUGUGAUACUCUUUUGGUCUAAUCAAGAGGUAAAAAAAGUAAAGGCUGCCUUGUAUGACAAAUUCUUACAUGCUGCAUACAAGUUUCUGUUACUAUUUUCAGUUACUCUUUUUAACAUUAUAAUCACUGAAAGCAGUAAUGCCCUAGUGGUAUGUAUAUUCUUUACUCUUAAAACUGAAGCAUCUCUGUAUCACUCUCUUUUUGUAAGUUUGUAAUGAAACACGCAUUUCAAUUUUGCAAGCCAUUCACUUAAAGGAAAAAAUAAAAGACAAAUCAUCUUGUUUCAGUGUGAAAGUGGAAUUCUGAGAGUAAAACAAUUUCUAAGUACGUAAGUUCAGCACAGUGAAGUAUACUGCAAAUUGGGGCAUGUAAUGCCUCCAGUUUGACACAUGAUGAUACUUCAGGUUUUGUGUAAAUGAAUGAAUUACUGUUUUUGGUGUUGUCAUUAUUUUAAAAGCAAGGUUUGGAUGUAGUGACACAAAUACUGAGAGCUGUAAGUGACUAAACUAAUGUAAACCUGUAGAUGAUUAGUUCAGAGAGGUCUAGUUUUCUCACCAGCAGAUAGAGUGUGGAUAGGUGAAAUUCAUAGAUAUUCUUAAUGUUAUUACAACCUGAAAUUUGAUUUUGUUUGCUAAUGUCUAAACAGGAAACUUUCCAGCCUGUAUGUGAAGUUUAUUUUUUAUAUGGUGAAAAGUGUAAUUAAAGUAAUACUGAAAGCAUUGUAUAAAAGGGAUUUCUUUUGCCUAAUGUCAGAUAAAUUCAGUUGUGUUUAAUUUUAAACUCCUUGACAAUGUCUCUGUAUGUAGUAUUUAUUUUCAUUUAAGAUUCAGGAAUGCUUCAUGUAUAGGUGAGCCACAUCAUGGGAUCUGAGCACAUUAGUCUGGAUUUUUCUCAGUAAUCGCUUCAGUGUAAAACAGCUUGAGGCAGUUGUCUGAUGAUACAUCCGUGCAGCUCCUUUGCCCAUGUCUGAGAGCAGUUCUCUUAAGGCUUCAGUUCUGUACUUUUUGAGUAAAUUAAGCCAUUUAGGAUCUAUUUAUGAAUUCCAGUUUUCAAGAUGUUUUCAGAAACCAAGAACUCUAUUAUCAAGAAGGCCUAAGAAAAAUUUGUUGUAGCUGUUUUACAAUUUUUGAGAUUAGUACAGGAGUUCACUGAAGUAAAAAUGAGAUUUAGCUGUUUAUUUUCUUGUGGAGAGCUGCAGUUUACACAUUUGGAUUCACAGCAUUAUUUUAUUUUAUUUUUUUUUACUAUAAGAUAAACAAGUGCCAAACUUGAUGAAAGGCUUAAGAUUGGAGUACAAAAUAUGUUCUGUACUAACUGGGCAAAGGAGAUUUUCUCACAUAGAGGUUAUCUGUCUUUCUUGGUCAGAAAGACUUUUUAUCAGCAGUGGAAAAAGUCAUUUGUUCUUACUGUCAUUCAGUCCUUGAUGUUCUUAGCUGAGUUAAGUAGCUCUUAUAAUGCAGAUAUUAGUGUGCUAGGUAGCAAACUGUAACUAUUCCUAAAGGAUAUUUUAAUCUAAUGACUAUAGUAGUAUUUUAGUUUUGAACUAUUGAGAAGGUUAAUACAUUGAUAUAAUAACUCAGAUCUGCUUCAGCAGAUCUGUUAUUUACAGUAGAAUUAUGCAAAUGUACUUUUUGUGUUCUUUGAUAGUUAAAUGUCAAAUAUAUUUAGGGAGUGAUAAGGGGAUAAAGGUAAUGACAGGAAGCAAGCAGAUUUCUUAGAAGAGUAAGUUGCUGUACUAAGUAAAACUUUUAGCACAAAGAUUUAAAACUGCUGCUACAGUGACGGGUACAUCAUGGUCUACUUAGAAGCUAGUGCUUCAUAUAUACAUAAAUUUCAUAAUAAUUUGAUUAAAGGAGUGAGUGAUCUGCUCUAGGAACAUCAGGAGAGGAAUUUAACUUGCAGAGUUAAUGUAGCUUAUCAGUAGAUCAUUUCUGGUGUUUUUCUCAGUGAUACAGGAGCCAUGGUAAGUUUGUUCUACACAGCAUGAAUCACAACCUGUGCUCAAAUGUGCCUGGGUAUCCUGUACACUACAGCAGCAAAAAUAUUACUGCCCCUCCUCUAAAUCAGAUGUUUUGUUAGUAAAGGAGGCCUUUUAAGUUUAAUAAAUGUAUAUCCAAGCUUGUUCCGUGUUAGUAGAAUAUAUUUUUGCAUUAUUGAAGCAACUAUGAAAUGGUACUAGUAAAGAAAUGUCAACUGCUGCUAUUACGUUGUUAUUUUUGUGAAUAAACUAUGUCCCAAAGCA